GCGCCCCAUUGGCUCGCGCACACCGGUCGCCCGCCCCCCGCUCCCUUGGCAAAGCCUCCCUCUCCCCGUUUUCCACGCGCGGCUCAAAGCCAUAGCUCCUCGGUGCAGUUUGCAGCGGGCGGCCGGGACACCCACACACGACACGCAACCUAGUCUGCUGAUCGACGCGCUGGAGGCGGGGCUCGUCGCGAUGGAGCCGGCGGACAGGGGCGGUGGAGGGCGCGGGAGGGGCUGGAAGGGGAAGGGCGUGAGCUCGGGCUCCGCCGCGGGGAGGCAGCUGGCGCCAGUUUUAGAAGACGCGCCGGCGGCCGCAUUGCUCCGGCCCCUGAAGAAGAUCCGCAGCCCCGACCGCCGCCUCAACCGCUCCCUGUCCGCGCUCUCGUCCGCUCCCCCGUCCCCCGACUCGUCCUCUGUUUCCAACCCCAUGUCGCCGCCGGCCACGUCGCUGCCGUCGACGCGACACAUAUUUCCGUUCGCGUACGAUCCGGCCCCGGCGGCGUCGACAGCAUCGACAGCAGCAGCGGCGACGGCACCGAGGCUCAUGCCGCUGAUGCAGUACUCCAGCGUGUACCAGCAGCCCCUGCCCCCGCAGCAACAGCAGCCUUUGCAGCACCAGCAGAUGAUUUCCUUCGGCGGCGGUCAGCAUCAGCAGCCGCCGCCGCAGUUCGCGGCGGCGGCGAGCCCUCUGUUCCCGCCGCAGCUCGUGGCGCCGGAGGUGCAGCAGCAAAUGCUGCUCCGCUACUGGAGCGAGGCGCUGAACCUGAGCCCCCGCGGGUUCCGCGGCGGGGCCGUGCCGCCGGCGCUGUUCCAGCAGCUGCUGCGGGCGCCGGGCCCGCCCAAGCUCUACCGCGGCGUGCGGCAGCGCCACUGGGGGAAGUGGGUGGCGGAGAUCCGCCUCCCGCGGAACCGCACGCGGCUGUGGCUCGGCACCUUCGACACCGCCGAGGACGCCGCCAUGGCGUACGACCGCGAGGCCUUCAAGCUCCGCGGCGAGAACGCCAAGCUCAACUUCCCCGACCUGUUCCUCGGCAAGGGUCGCGUCGGCGGGAGCGGCCGCACCAGCGCCAGCGCGGCGGCGUCGUGCUCCUCCUCCUCGUCCUCUGCUCCGCCGACGCCGGACGACACCAACACGAAGCAAGCACAGCACCAUCACGGAGAGCAACCGUUCAACAGUGAAGCGAAGCCUCUGCUCCCCGAAACAGAGCAGGCAAAGAACUCGGAACCCGAACCAAAUCCUCAGCUCCAACCGGCCGAUCAUCAGGGCGGUGACGGUAACGCGGCCAUGUUCAAGCCGUCGGUGACGUCCAGCGGCGGGUGGGGUCCGGCCGACGAGGCGUGGUUCAGCGCCUGGGGCCCGGGCAGCUCCGUCUGGGACUACGACAUGGACAACGCCCACGGCCUCUUCCUCCAGUCUCGCUUCGCCAGUGAGGUGACCAGCAUGGACUACGUGCCCAGCGCCCCGGAUGUCCCGGUGACACCGGCGGCAGGGACAGCCAUGGCCUCUGCUGCCUCCAUUUCUCUUCCAUCUCCUCCACCUCCUCCCCGCAGUCCGGCCUACAUGUGGAAGGACUGAGGAUCGCACACGAUCUUCACACACAGGAAGUAACCAGGACGCGGGAUGCGCACAAGUUGCAGGUUUUAAGAGACAGCUUGUGGCAUCGCGCACUACUACGAUCACCAUUCACAAAGCAGGAGCAUCCGAAGGACCACCAUUUUUAUCUGGACCUUUCUCUCCGACCAGUUUUUUCCUCCUGAAACACCACAAGGAAUCCCGGCUGCAUUUUUGAGGCCGGGACAAGGGUGGCCUCUAUUUCAAUAGCCACCCUUGUUGAUAUUUCCAUGACGAUUCAUGAUUCCAACAUGAUCUUUAGGUAUUUCUAGCAUGUUCGGUUGCUGCAGGAUUUGUAGUUGCAUAGCUGCAUGAAGUAGUGUUCUGUCUUUGUGGAUCCCUGAAGAUAUGGAAGGAGGAGACGGGUUUUAUGCUCUCCUCUGAUCUUUAGUUAAGGUUUAUGUUUUCUGCACGUACUGCAUAACUAGUACAUGUAUGAGCGUCAGUGUUUGUGUGUGUUGAUUCGGAAUAUGAAGUCAUCGGCCAAUGUACUUUCGUGUAGUAUCAGUUUCAUGUUUGAUGAAUUCGCAGUUGCUGAAGAAUUGUUUAA